AGUUUGAGGAAAUUAGAGGUGAACCAUGAUUUGAUUUCAGAGAGGCAGAGUGUAAGGGAGCAUGGUGGGAGAGUUGAGUUGGGCUUACUGGAAAUGUAGAGCUGGGUGUCAUCUGCAAAGCAGUGAAACUGGAUAUUGAAUUUGCGGAAGAUUUUGCCGAUAGGGAGGAGAUAUACUAUGAAGAGGAGGGGCCCCAGGACAGAGCCCUGGGGCACACCUGACUUGACUGGGGAGGGUUCUGAGGUAAAGGAUUUUAACUGGAUGAACUGAGUGCGGCCAGUAAGGUAAGAUUGAAACCAGCUGAGGGGGGUGUGAGUGAUGCCUAAGGAAGAGAGUCUAUUGAGGAGGAUGGGAUGAGAAAUGGUGUCAAAGGCCGCACUCAGAUCGAGGAGAAUAAGAAUAGAGAUUAAACCAGAAUCAGCAGCAAUGAGUAGGUCGUUAGUGAUCUUGAUGAGAGCUGUUUCUGUGCUGUGGUGGGGACGGAAGCCAGACUGAAACUGUUCAUAAAGGUUAUUGCGGGUGAGAUGUGAAUGGAGCUGAGAUGCAACAGUUUUCUCUAGGACUUUGGAAAUGAAGGGAAGAUGGGAAAUGGGACGGAGGUUAUUGAAAUCAUUGGGAUCUAAACCAGGUUUUUUUAGAAUUGGGCUGACUGAAGCGGAUUUGAAUAGGGAUGGGACCGUACCAGAGGAUAGUGAGGAAUGAAUAAUGGCUGUUAUAAAAGGGAGCAGAGAAGAAAGGCACGAUUUAACUAAAACAGUUGGAAUAGGAAUGGAAUAGCCAUUUAUUGAAAAGCUAGAGACAGAUUAUUUAAUCUGACUGGCACAGAAUCAUGGAAAACUAGUUUUUUCUAACAUUGGCAGUACUAGGGAUGGGACUACAGGGGCAUUGGCCCUUGAAGUGCCCCUUCUGUCAUUCACCCUUCCUUUGUGGAAUGAUCAGAUUAUAGGAGGAUGCAAUUUCAAAUCCUAACACUAGUGGCGCCGCUGAGCCAAACAUCAAUGUUGGUGUGUUUUUUUCACCCACAAUCUUACUUAAACUGAAUAUUUGUGACUUAAAAAAAAUAAACACAUCAUUGAAAAUUCUCAGAUGCUAAGUGUGUUUGUAUUUUGCAUGUGUACAGAAAAAAAUGCAUGGAAAAUUACAUUAAAGUGUAAGUUCACUGAAAUGUCUUUUUUCUGUUUUUUAUUUGAUCUUCUUCCCCUAUUUCUGGCAUUAGUUGCAGAUAGAAAACUGAUGGGGAAACACUCGGGUCAGGAAAAUCCACACAGAUGUGUGUCACACUGUAAAUUAGCAUUCAUGGACUCACUCGUCUUCUUGGCUCUCGACAGGGAGGACCGUUGUUGGUUUAGCGUCCAGGAAACAACAGAGGACGUCUUGGCUGGUCAUAGCUAACCGUUAGCAUAAGCUGCUCCACAACACAGCAUAACUCCUUCAGGCUUAUGCUAUUUGUGGAGAUUAAACAUCGGUACUACAGAGCAAACGGAGUCAGUGGUAGAGUCACGUUGCCGUUAGCCAAUCAGAGGUGAGAUGUCUGACUAUCACGAAAUAAUAAUGAGCAGGACACCAAAUGCUGCUGUUUUCCGCUCUCCGCUCCUCUGACUAACAUAACAGGAGCUCCAGCGCUUAUUUAAACAGAGAAGGGCUCACAGGACAUUAAUUUCUACUAGAGACUACAGCGUAUGUAUAGAAAUAACAAGUGUUUCCCACUUUAAGUUGUAUUGUUAAUAUUUUUACUUUUGAAAAAGGAGUAAUUUAUACAAUUUGUUUUAUUUAAAGAAAAAUGUUUUUUUAAGUGUUUGGGUUUGUGGUAUUUUUACUGACUGUCAGAAUCUCAUACCAGGUCAUGUUACCUCACUGAAUGAAUACACUUUUUUUUUAAUUGUUUUCAGGUCUUUUAUAUUUUUAUAAUGACAAUAAUGUUUUCUCAAGAAUCAGAACCAUAUUCCCCGUAUUUAUUUCUUCCAUUUUAUCGUAGGUUUAUGUGAUAUUUCUGUGACACGCUGCUCGCCGCCUGCUGUUCGGGGGCUUUAGGGUAAAGGGGUAGUUAAUCACCUUCUCCAUAGAUAAUUGCUUCUAUUCAGUUGUUGCUCAAGCAGCCUUUUGAUUGUAUGGGGAAGAGAAGUUCACACUUAUGGGUGUAUUGUUUGGCACUAAUGAGGGUCUUUCUGCAGAUAGAGAGCAUUUGAACUUUUACUGAAGAGGUGGGGAGAGCUACAUUUAUGUCAUGAGUUCACGCUGUGCUGCGUUUGAGCUGUCUAUUAGCGCUGACCACACCACGGUCACACGUGUGUUCCCACUUAUCUUAAUGAAUAUCAUCUUUUAAAUCCUGUUUGGGUUUGAACGCACCUCUGUGAUGAAAGCACAAACAAAAUUGACGAUGUUGUACGAGUCCAGGUUGGGGACCUGGUAUGCAAUCCGACUGUGGCGAUGUGCACGUUCACGUUAGUGUGUGUUUGCAAGGAGACGGGCGUCUCUUUUAAGUAGGACAGUAGAAAUUGAUAGCCAAUGCUGAAAGAUGACCUAAAUAGAGUCACAGACAAACUAGUUUCUUCAGCAUGCAUGCUGAGCCCUGUUGCUCUGCAGAAAAAGCAGCCAGAUUGUUUCUGUAGCUUUUGAUGAACGCCAGCAUCCAAUCGGAGCCUGCUUAUCCUGGACUUUUAGUUUUGACAUUUGCUUAACAUUAAUAAAGAUAUUAUAUCAAUCCAAAGUUUUCCAGACAAAACAUUAAAAUAUAAAGGCCGAGCAUGUAGGGAGCGCUCGGUUGCUGAAAUGAAGCUACAUCAGUUUAGUCUCACUGCUUCUGUCUAAUUGUUCUCAGGUCUGACACGUUGUUUGAUUCUGCUCUUAAAAGCUCCUGCAUGGUAUUUUUCUGUAAUGAGAUGUCCUUGUAAAUGUUGUCUAAACUAAUUAGUUUUAGCAUUUUGGAGAGCCGCAGAGCUGCUGCUGACAAUAGAAAUCACCACAUGUGAUAAUUGUGGCCCGGUUUUUAAGCCAGCUCCUGCACCACCUGACGCUCGCUCACACCGCCACCUACACGUACAGCGCAGUAAUCAUCUCCUUUAUGUUUUACUCAAAGCCAGGGCUGACAUGCUGCACGCUGCGCCGACAAAAUCCAUCUAGACAUUAGUUUGGGUGAAGUCCCAAAGGAGCGAACUGCUCUCACACACCUACGCCAAGGAUUAGAUUGAGUUUGAUACAUUUUUUCUUUUAAGUGUUAGAAGAAACCAGUUAUUCUGCUAUAUAACAAAAGUAGAGUCCUCUGUUGUUUUCAUUUUCAAAAGUAUUUAUUUUCAGUCAGAAAAUGAGAGGAAAGUGAUCAAAUAUGGACGCUAGUCCUGUUCUGGUAAAAGAAAUCCCAAAAUGAAACAUGAAUAAGUUGAAUAAAAAAUGUUUUUCAAUAGUAAAAAUCAUUAUAAGACAAUUUAGAAUAGUGUAGCUGAUUUUAUAAUAGUAUCGAAAGUAGAAUAAUACGGAGUAUUUCACAAAUAUUAGAGUAUUUUUAUUUAAAAAAUAUUAUUGCUGAAUAUUUUUGACAUUUAUUAAACUAAAUGUACCAUUUCUGAUCAAAUAUAGAUAAUUAGAAUAUUUUAGAAUGUUAUAUAUUUGAGGAUUUGCCUCAGUGUCAUCUUCCUCCUCUUCAUCAUCAUCACUGAUGGUGAGACUGGCUGGCACAACUGUCCAACAAUUUACAUAGAAAUCUUAGUUUAAAGCUGCAAAAUAUUUAGUAUUAGAAUUGUUAUUAUUGUUUUACCAUGAAUAUGAAGAUUAUGUCUAAAAAAUGGAAGAUUUGACCUUAAAACACACAUAAUUUAUUUGUUAUGGGCAUAUGAUCAAAUAUGGCAGCUUUGAUUUUCAUGCUAUGAUUUUACCACCUUCAUUGAAUUUAACAUUUACAACACAGAUAUCCUUAUUUAGCACAACUAGUCAGGGUUGUGCUGUGAGAGUUUCUUAAACCUAGCAUUGUUCAUUUUAGAGAUCUGACUGUAAAUACGAGAGGAGACCGAGCUGCAGGAAGUCCGUUUUUUUGGUUUUUCAGACAUACCAAUAUUGGGCGCAUCGUAGCUACAUGCUGAUUGGUUAUAUGGCUCCAUGGCGUGAUCUCUGAUGAUUGUUUGGGUGAAACCCCGUACUUCUGAGAGUCCAUGAAAAGGCGCACUGACAUAAUUUAUGAUGUGAGUGGAAGUGUGUAAAUAUAGACACUGGCCCUAAUAAAGAUUAAAGGAACUGACUUAAAAGCAGAUUAAUGAUUUUAUUUUCUUGCUCAAAGGAAUUCAUUAAGCUCUCAAACUUCACAUCCAAAGGUCAACGUCUGCUUUCUUGGUUAUGGGCGAUGUUUAUUAAGUUUGCUUCAAACUCAGAACAACAGAAAAAGACGCCGCUUCUCUCCAACCAAAACCUCUCCAACAUUUUCACAGUGAAGCAUAAAAAUCUCCAAAACACUUUUGGUUUACACAUAAAUUUACAUAUUAAAUAAACUUCAUUUAAAGUGAAACAAGAACUGUUGUCAGGCUAAAGAAUAGCGCCGUCUGCCUUAGGGUUAGGGUUAACCCUAAAACUUCCACACGGAAACGAUGUAUCCGUCAGACAGAGCGACUGGGAUUCGUCUUUUUGAUCCCAUCUGUCUAACUGGAGACAUGAGGCGUCACCGGAAGCCUUGUAGCUGACCUGCUAAUGUUGACGUGAAGCUACAACCCAUCAUAGGGGCUUCAGAAGGGCUACAGCUAUGGUUACGUCUUAAUCUCAGCCCGGAAUCACUGUAAGAUUUUUGAAUAUGUUAUUUUUUUAUUGUACUUUUAUUAAGGAAUUCAUCACCCGCUGUGUUUUUUUCUUCUAAAAUUAAAAUUUCACGGCCUGUCAUCCUCUUUGAUCCCCCGCAGACUCUCAUGGGUCUCAUGGACAAAAUAAGUCACAGUUUAUUUUUUAUUUACAUCAGCUGGUGUCUGAUUUCAAUGUACAAACUUUUAUUUCAUUUUUUGUCCUUUUAAAUGAACCAACAACUAAAGUUUGUUAACCUCAACAGUCUAACACCAAGUCUGACGAGUUUGUUCUCAUACAGGGAAGAAAACUGGAUUUUUUUUUUUGUUAAAGUAUUUCCUUAGCUUUGUUUGUAGUCUAACCUCGGUGAGAUUCGCCGUAUGCUGCUGGAAAAUGUGUGGCGUUAACUCUGUUAAACAGCGGAUUAACGCCCGGGGCUCUGGAUCUCUAGUAAUAGCAGACGGAAAUACUGAUCAAAGGAGUCUAACUGAGCCGUGGGUGUUCGGACUGCCUCUGUCUGCUUCUCUGCAUUACAAGAAGAUAGGGGUGGGAAGAUAGAGCACGCAGACAGAAAGACGGCGCCGGAGCUUUCAGUAGACUUCCCUCUCAUGAGACAGGUGAGGGUUAGAUCAUUCGUAAUUAGGCCACGAUCUCUUUUUUUCACUGGGGAACUUCAGGUGGAGCAGUUCGAGCUCUACAUGCGAUGCACUGAUGACCUCUUGUAGCCAAACAGAAGUGUGUGUGUGUGUGUCACUGAAAUCCGGUCCCUUCCUUUUGUUUCCCAGGAGACCCGACUGGCAUCUGGGUUGCUGCACUUGCCUACACUAACGCUGGCUGGGCCGCUAGUCAGAGCUGCUGGACAUUCUCAUGCGUAUGGAUUUUCUGUGCCUACUAACAAAAAUGGCAGUGUUCAAAGUCUAAAAGGCGUUUCCAUCAGCUGUUUCAUCCUUAAUCUAUGCUGAUGUUAACUCUCACAGCAGUGAUAGCGAGGUUUGCUGGGUGAUGCUGUCAAUUCAAACACACAUAAGUAGAUAAUUUCUCGCUUUCAUACAAACGCUCUCGUUCUCACGGAGGAACUGCGGCUGUUUCUUUUAGUUGCAGCAGUUUAUGGAGGUUUUCUGAGUUGUUUUUUCUGUUUCUCUGAGCAUCACCUGAUCUGACCUUCAGGUGAGUUGGCUGCAACGCCCACUAGCAUGGAGAUGGACAACCACCUUGAACGUUCUGCUCUUGUGAAAGACCGUUCUCAUUGUAGAAUGAUGCUGUUUAGAAAUGACCUUCUAACGGUCCCAGACUGAGGGACGACUCUUUGACAUUAUGUCAACACACACCUGAACGCUUCGGAGCAGCUAGCUGACUUACAUGUAAUCAUCAACUAAGAUUAAAAUAAGUAUUUGACAUGCUUACCCGUACAAGUUUCAUAAUAAUAGUUAUUUAAAUGUGUGUGUUAUUUUCUGUUAGGAGGGAGUUUGGGCUGAAUGCUGUGGGUUAGAUUUGAUUACUUAGAGGUUUGGGUGUUCAUUAGACUCAUAUGCAGCAGAGCUGGGAACGAAACUAGCUUAAAGUUCACCUCUCAUGUUGAAAGUUCACAAUUUAAAAGAUCCUAGCCAAACGGGAACUUCCAGAAUGAACAAGUUCAGUUUCACGAGAUUCGACACCUUUAAAAAUGAGUGUGUGCUCUCGUUACAGCACAAAGGUGAGAGAAACCCUGUUUAGAUAUAAUAAAGACAAAGAUUGAGCUGAUUUGAUAGGAACGUCACUCAGUGCAUGGUGGACAGAACCAGAUGUGCAGGCAUUACUUUUCCAGUUAAUUUUAAAGUUUAAAGAAAAUGAUUAAGUACCUGCCUAGGUGAGUGUUUAAAUUCAGAUUCAGCCCUUCACAGAAAAUAAUCUGACCUAGUUCUGCAAAAAAAAAAAAAACAACUAAAAACCUCUUUCUUUAAAGCAGUUGUUUAGCAAUGAUCAGAACAUAUUUUUUCAUUCUUCUCUUCAUCUUCCACAGUUUUAAAAACAACAUGAUUAGGUUAAAGAUAACAGAUUAUGGAUGCAUUUCUUUAACCAAAAGUACAGAAUACCCACAAAAGUCCCAGCGGUACCAACAUGUGAACAACAAACCAUAAAUUAGAUUUAUUUUGCUCCUUCUCCUUCUUCUGAUGUGUUCAUGCAUAUCUUUGGCCCAGAAAAGUGUGUAAGAACACCAGGUGUGCAUACCUUGUGUAUCAGCUAGGAUACAUAUGUGCAGUGCAUUCACUGUCAUGUACUUAUAUUUAGCAGCAGUCUGCAGGGAGUUGGGGGAUGCCUGAAAUGCAUAGCAGCUGUAAAAUGAUGUCACAUCUCCUCCUCUUUUACAUUUUUAUACUCUUCAUAUUCAUUACAACUGCUAAAAACCCCUGUUUGCAAAGAUCGGUGCAUUUUCUGUAAUUAAAAUGAGAAUGUUGGAGCCAUUUCUAUUAGUAAAAGGUGUCAAAUCAGACAUCAAGGUGAAAACAUGAGAGGCAUCUAUGUUGAAAAGGUAGCUGUGAUGCCACAUUUCAUGACGAAUCAACAUCUCUGCAUCCAUUUGCAGGUUUUCCCUGAUCUGCUCGGAUUAAAGUCCUUUUUUAACCCUUUGAUGCAUGAAUUAUGAAAUCUUCAACCAUGAUUUUUUAACAAUUUUUUCCAUUCAUCUUUAGGUGUGAAUGAAACAAAUUUCAACAAAUAUUUUUUUUUUGUUAAAUUUUAUAAUUUACAAAUAAUGUAUUACAUGUCCACCUUGGUGGACAGCGUGCAUGCUGAGCAUGAAAUAUGUUGGCUUGGCUUAUUGAAGUCCAAAUGGAGGAGCUCAAAUGCAAUAAAGUCUUCAACAGCUGUGCUUAAUAGCAAAAACAAAUAAAUAACAAUUUUGAGUACCUGUCCACUGUAGUGACCAUUAUGCAUCAAAGGGUUAAAGCCUCGUAGAGCCUGAGUAACUGAAUGUGGAUGGAAAAAAGUAGAACAACAAAACCUGAGAAAGCUGCAUGGAGUGUCAAAUAAAGACUGAUUAUGAUGAAGCUGGUAAAAGGCCGUGAAACGCCGCGCCCCGCCGAGCCUGUGGAGUGAUGAGACAAGGCCCGGCCCGGUUCUGGCUAAUAGGUGUGAGCUAGUAGAGCCUAGAGGCCACCGCCAGCAGCCGUAUAACACCUAUUAUCAUCCUCCAAACAAGGCAUUCGUGUUUUCAUUUGCAGGGAUAGUUUGAGCCGUGAAAAGGUGCUUCUUUGUGAGCACGUUGACACCUCUUCACUCACGUCUGUCAAAGUCGACAGUCUUUAAUAGUUUUAGUGGAGGUCAGCCUCCUGCCUGGCUUGGAUAGCCAUCAGAGGAGGAGGGCUGAGAUACCUGAGGAGCAUCUGGAAGUGCUGACGCUCUGCAGGAGGAGGCGUGAAGACAGGAAUUUUAGUGUUGGUGCUGUUUGGUGGCCCGUAAUUGCCUGUAAAGUCAGUAACGCUGGAUAAUAGCACAAAGGUUUGCUCUGGACAGAGAUUGAGAUUCAGACACCUCUCAGCGGACUGCUGGCGUGUGCUGAGCCUAUAAGGCAGAAAAAUAUUGAUUCUGAUUAUUUUUGUGUAUGUGCACAAGAUAAAUUGUCAGAGUGGCUGACAGAUAGAUUCAAAGACUGGUUGACAGUGUGGAAAAAAAGAGUUUUUUGUUGGUUUGAAGUGAUCCAGUCAUGGAUGGGAGGGCCCUGCUGGUGGUAUCUGUGGUGGUUUGGCUCGGCCGUGACCUCGCUGGAUAUAAUGCUGCGGUGGAAAAUGUCCUGUCACUUGAUGGAGGAGCUGCCUGUAGCAGCAGGAAGGAGUGUGGCGACAGGGGCCAUGUGUGUUAACCUCUUUCCUUGUCACUUUUUUCUGUCUCCCCCCCAACCCCCUCCCUUCUCAUCUCACACUUUUUUUUUUGCUCCUCUUUCACUCUCCAAACUUGCUCUCUCAGACUCCACUUCGUCUCCCUACACUCCUCUGUGACAAAUUACUCCUGGCGGUUGAUUUGUUGGUUGUCAAAAGUGCUCCUUGUGCUGAAGGUGUGUGUGUGUGUGUGUGUGGAGGAGGAGGGGGUGCAGAAAAAAAAUGGUGCUCCAGCCCUCCGUCCAUUCUGGCUACCCCGUCUCGGUUAUUUACAAAUGAGCGUUCGGUCUCAUAAGACCUGGCUGCAUUAGUCUUCCAUGUGCAGCCCCGUGCUUGUUUAGGUGUGCAGCAGCUUGUGUCAGAACAUGAGUUUGAGGAGAAUCUUUUGUCUUGUUUUUCAGAGGAGGGAAGGAGGGAGGAGCAAAAGACAAAACAAGGACGUUAUGACAGAGAUAAAAUCAUCGGGCUUGGUGAUCAAGUGCCAGGAAACAAAUCUGCAUUUCUCUGAAUUACCUGAAGGAUUUGUAGAGCAAGCAGCUCAGGAAACCAGCGGACUUAAUAUUAUGCCUCAUUUUUCUGUUUGCAGACCUCUUAAACGGACAGGAUUUGGUUUCAUAACUUUUGAGAGUGAAGACAUCGUAGAGAAAGUCUGUGAAAUUCAUUUUCAUGAAAUCAAUAACAAAAUGGUAGAAUGUAAGAAGGCCCAGCCCAAGGAGGUGAUGUUCCCGCCGGGUACACGAGGGCGAGCCAGGGGUCUACCCUACACCAUGGAUGCCUUCAUGCUGGGGAUGGGCAUGCUGAGUUACCCUAACAUUGUGGCAACGUACGGUCGAGGAUACACUGGAUUCGCACCCAGCUACAGCUACCAGUUUCCUGGCUUCCCGGCGACAGCAUAUGGACCGGUGGCGGCGGCGGCAGUAGCAGCAGCGCGUGGCUCAGGUAGGGGGGCCCGUGGAAGAGGCGGCUACUUGGCGUACCCACAGAGCACAGGGCCAGGCCUCCCCGAUUAUGGGUUUUACUCUGCGCCCAGUGACCAGAGGGGGGGGCCCUGCUCCUUUGCUGACUAUGGCUCCCUGGGGCCCCAAGCGGCUCAGAUGCUGCACAGUGAGCAUGCCACCUCCGCCUGCAACUCCCCCCUCCAGCACCUACACAGCCCGGAUCAGUUUAAGAACCCAGGCGCCAACCCUUCCAGGCCCGGAGGCUUCCCUGGUACCAACAGUCCCGGACCUGUGGCUGACCUGUAUGGGCCCAGCAACCAGGAGUCAGCUGUAGGCAACUACAUCAGCACUGCUAGUCCUCAGCCCGGCUCUGGGUUUGGUCCCAGCAUCACGGUGACGAUAAUCCAACUUCAAGCACUACAGCGUUACCGACGGCUAAACCAGUGACAAGUUGGAACCAUAUGAAGAAGAAAAGAAACCGUUUGUCAUCUCAGAAAAAUAACAACUGCUGUACUAUAAUCCAAACCUCCUCCUAACUACAACCUGGUUUGGUCACGAUGUUUCACGUCGAGUUCGAGCACCGAUUUCCUUCCUCUCAGCUUUUGUUUCCGUUGGGGUUUUUUUUCUUUAGCAUUGUUUUUCUUUAAGCUGGAUUUGUUUUUUCUUGUCAUUCUACCUUCUAAUAGUGUGUAAAUUUUUGUUGUUUUUGUUUGAAGUACACAGCGGGUCACAGCCAAGAACAUCUGCAGUCAUGUCUUCACCUUCCUAUUGGUCAGUGUAAAGGCAGAAAGGUCAGGGUGUUUCCUGUCGCUCUUUCUGCAAAAACAAGAAUAAAAAAAACCGAAGACACUCAUUAUGGAAAGACUUGGAGAAAAAAAUAAACCACUGAAAUUUUAACAAAAGUAUCAAAGUAAUAAAUUUUAGUAACCCUUUUCAUUUCUGUGAUGUCUCAUUGUAAACCAUAAUUACCUAUUUUUGGGCAAUACAAAGAGGACUCCAAUAUUUUUAUGGUCCUUUUUUAUAAGUGUUGUUUUUGUUGUUUAGAAAUAUAAAUAUAUAUAUAAAUAUAUAUAUAUGCUAUAACAAAUUUCAUAUAACUACAUUGUGAAUUCAAACUUGAGAAAAAGAGAUGUAGCUGUACAUAUUAUUCCAGUCACUGCAUAUAACCGACUCAGUGAGAGAAUACCAUAUUUUUGUGAUGGUGUGUCAAAAAAGAUCGUGUUAUAGCGCGUGAAUAGAAGAAAAAAAUAAGUCGUAAAUAAUAUUCUAUUGUUGUUUUGUUUUGUUUUGUUUUUUCUGCUGGAAGACGGUGUAACAAGCCCGCAGACGGACAGAAACACACUGGCUCUGUAAAUACUGACGAGGAAUCAUUUUAGCACGAGUCAUACCAGCAAAUUUAUGACCGGUGAGUUCAAGCUACAGUUUUUUGAGAAAUAAUAUUAAUGGUCGUUUAAAAAAAAUAAAAUAAAUAAAAAACAAGACAAAAAAAUCAUGAUUGGUAUUUUUUGUCUAAAUGUUGAUUUAAAAAAGCUGAACGAUUGAAUCCAAAGCACAUCGUAGGUGACGAUUAGAACUUGAAGCAGGCGUUUUGCAGAGCUCCGUGCAUCCUGACACUUUUUUACUCUCCAGAGGAACUUGUUAACUGUUUGUUCGUUUCAUCCUGCUUGUUCCCGAUUCACUUCGCGGAGCAACAACAAAUACCUGGGCUCUGUGCCAGAGCCUUUAUACUCUACUGCUCGUUCUUUGAAUCAGCUCUUUUUGAAUGAAUUAGGACAUUUUGAUACCAUACCUCAGCCUUCGUGGGUUCUGUCACCGGAGUCAUCGGCGGGUUUCCUUUUAUUCUAAACACUGAAGAAGAAAAAAAGGCGAUCGAGCGAGUAAUCGUUGCACUGUGAGUUGUAAAGUACAGGCCAUUCUCCUAUUUGCACAUGUGUACGUUGGAUUUUUAAAGAGAAAUAAAAAAAAUAGGGCCCUGUGCUUUGGGACAGCAUGAAGGAUUUUAGGGUUAACGUUAACAACUGAUGUGUUGCCGUCGCGUUUCUUCGUAUAUUUGGACCCAUUGUCCUCCUCUGAGGAUCUUUCUACAGGGUCAUGAAACGACACUGAAUUAUUCACUAUCUGUCGCUGCACCAGAUUUUACACAAUACGCGAUUUAUCGAUGGUGAUGAUAAUAUUAUCCUCCAGAGUGCACUCUGGUUUGUAGAUUCAUCAGUGCCGCUGCAGACGUGUUUGUCGUUCUCAUUUCAGUGCACUUCUUGCUUCAUUUCUCUUCAUUUCUAAACAACCAGGUAAUAAAUAUGCUGGAUUCUUCUAAAGAUGUGGAGGUGUGAUCGGUUCAGAGAAAAGAAUAAAAAAUGAAUAAAACCCUCGUAAUGUUCAGAUGUUUUAAAAAAAGAAUUACAAAAGUUUUAAAAAAUGGCGCUUCUUUGCUGAUUUCCAAUUUAAUCAGAGUUUUAUUGAUACUUUGUGGUUUAUAUAUUAAUAAUUGUAUUAUACUAUGAAAAUGUACUGUGCAUCCAUUACGUUCUCUCUUCUCAUCGCCCAUCCUCUCCUCUUUCUGUUGAUCAUUCAUUAGUGUGUAAAGAAAUCACAGUUAACUUGUAAACAGAGUGCUGUCUUUGAUACCAGUGUAGUGCUUUGUUGUUCUCCCUCGCUCUACCCUCCCUUCUCUCAUAUUUACCUCCCUCCCUCCCUCCCCCCCUCCCCCCCGCGCUCUUUUUCUAUCUCCUGUAAUUACAAAGUAGAUGUUAUAUAGGACUCAUUUAUAUAAUACUUGUAGUGAAUAGUGGAUUUAGGACCAGUCAAGAUAGAGCUUUCUCUCAACGAUCAUGUUCUGAUAUUUACAGACGAUUUUAGUUUUGGUUUAUUUGAGAUCCGUUCUAAUUUAUUCCCUGUAUGUUUGAUUUAUUUGACUUUGUUUUUGUUUGGUUUUGCCACUCUAACAUGAGUUUCAGCUAACCAAAGCUCUCAUGGAUGAACAAUGGAGGAACUGUUGCUGUAAGGUGGAAUCGUACACACGGCAUUAUUUGGAUCCCCACCCUUGAAUGUUUUUAAAAGGGGGUGUGCCAUACUACCUUAAAUGCUAACCCUAGAUAAGCUGACGUUUUGGUCGUUUUCCAAGAGGGACACAAGCUAAAACCAUGUCAAAGUCACAGAAAAGUCAAAGAAAAGUUCAACUGUGUUUAUUUUUGUACGUUUGGGGAUGUUUUCAGACUAGAUUUAUUAUUUCUAGAUAGAAAAACAACUUUACAUCUGGUGAGUCGGUUAAUGUUAGCUGAAACUGGCAUCAGUGUUACUGACAAAAGCAUUAAAUAGUUACAUUUAUGCCUGCUAGCGCUUCACUGCUAUGCUUGAGAUUAAAACUUUAUUAAAAGGCAGCAAAAAGAAAGUGUUGGCUUUAGUUGUUUUAAUGAGUCUACUUAAACCUAAUCAACAUUUUUCUAUGUAAUUCUAUUCACCUCACUGGUUUUUAAACGUACUGCUGUUACUAUAAUGAGGAUGAAGUAACAUUAAUGGAUUCAUUAGUAAAGUGUUGAUCAUUUAAAGAAAACGAUGAAUCUAAACAAGCAUCCAGGACAAAAAUUAACUAAACAGGAAAUGAAUGAAUGAAAAAACAAUAAAAACCAAAACAACAGCUGCCUAAUCCUUUUAUUGGUAAAAUAUCAAGAAAAAUAUUUCUGCAGAAUUGUAAUUUUUACGUUUGCACAUUAGUUGUUGUGACAUCCAUUCGCUUGAAUUAACCUGUUUACGAUUUAAACAGAGAAAAAAGCUUGAGACGGUUCACUUUCCCUCCUUCAGCACACCGGGACCGGCUCCUGUGUUGUUACGUCAUCACGCAGCUUGGACUUUAAGGUAGCAUGGCUCUUUUGCUGUAAUUUCGUUUAAUCUCAAAACUGACAGCGGUUUACAGCUGAUGAAUGUUACACAUCUUAGUAGAUUAGAUUAUCCAUCCGGGGAGAGGGGAGGGUCUCAGUUUAAGAAAAAAUAAAAGAAAAUAAUCAAAAAAGAAAAAAGUCAACCUGGAAGGCGUUGACACUUGUAGUGUACCACCGUAUCCAUUUAAACUUGAAUCUCGAGGCAAGUGCUAGGCAAUGGCCAACCGAUAAAUCUCCCUAUGAAUAGUGGGAAUAAAGGCAUCCUGAAACAGCCCGGACUUCUGAUAUUUCUGUCUUCUGCUGGUUUGAACGUGAGAACGAGCUUCUGCUGUCUCCUAACAGGCUUGAGGAUUAGACCGUAACCGGAUUUGUGUCCAAAUAAAGAAUCCAUCUUAUUCAAAGUGGUGCUAAUGGUUUUAGACCAGUCGAUGUGCCCUUAUCUCUGGGAGAUACUGGAACCAGUCAGAGUGACCACAGCGCCAGACUCCAGGGAUUGGCUAAGUCGUUCUAUUUGUGGUUUCAGAUCUCUCCUAACAGGACGUAUAAAUAACGGGUCGUGUUCACACGCAGACUCUGUGACAGAAAUAACACAAGUUCCUGUGUGAGGUCGUGUUUUAGGGUGGACGUCCCUUCAGUCCAAACCACCUCGCCCAUCCUCAUGACUAGAUACACACGUGUGUAUGCGUGUGUGUGUGUGUGUGUGUGUGGUCAUGAAUAUAUAUCUGUCUGGAUAUUAUUAUUAGACUGGAGACCUCAGCUGUAUACUAAAUAUUCCUCACAUACACACCCAGGGUCAUUCUAGUUCAUACGUCAUCAUGGUAGCGUUCACGAGCCCCCACCCGCCAACCACCACACACACACAAACACACACACAUGCACCGUGUGUGAGAUGGGAGCCUGGAAGCCCUUCGGACUCCCCACUGCCCAUUCCUAACACUUGCCCCCGUUUUUUUAUGUUAACCGACUUUUUAUGGCGAGAGACAGACAGACUUGACUGACAUCUGAAAGCAUCUUUCAGGUUAUCAUAUGGCUUUGCUCAAGCCCUAUUGUAAAAUAUACGAAGAAAAAAUAAUCGUGGUGAUGAUGAUGAUGAUGAUGAUGAUGAUGAUGAUGAUGGAUGGGGGUCUCUCACAUAUCAAAUGUGGAAAGUCUAAUUUUAUAUUUGUAUUUUCAAAUAAUAAUAUUGACAAAAAAAAUGUCUGUGAAAGGUUUCCAUCCUCUACUGUGGUCCAGAAAUUGAUGUGUCUGUCUGGAAAAUAACUAAAAUAAACUGAAUUGUUAUAUGA